GUUUAUAGAGAGUCCCUCACAUCAACACACCCAAGAGCAAAGUCACCACAAACUGAACCCAUCUAGGAGUAACCAUUGUUCGGGAGCCUUCCUGUGUUCUCAGCAUCGUGAUGUUUCCUUAGAAACCCACAGUGGUCAGAAUGCCCAGGAUUGUCAGCAGCAAGGACAGACUUUGAGUCAGGUGUCACCCCGGGGUGACAGUCCAAACAUCCAGACCGGAGAAAAACUCUACAUGUGUAAGAACUGUGGGAAGGCGUUCACUUCCCCCUCAAACCUUAUUACACAUAGGAGAGUUCAUACUGCAGAGAAACCUCAUGCGUGUGAAGAAUGUGGACAGGUCUUUACUCUGUCCUCGCAACUUAGUGUUCACAGGGAACUUCAUACGGGAAUGAAAACUUACACGUGUCAGGACUGUGGGAAGGCCUUUACUUGCUACUCAAACCUUUCUCAUCACAGGAAAAGUCAUUCUGGAGAGAAACCAUAUUCGUGUCAGGAUUGCGGGAAGGUCUUCGCUUAUCCCUCAAACCUUUCUAGGCACAAGAAAAAUCACACUGGAGAGAAACCAUAUAUUUGUAAGGAAUGUGGAAAGGCCUUUGAUUAUCCCUCAAGCCUUAUGAAUCACAGUACAGUUCAUACUGGAGAGAAACCUCAUAAAUGUAAGGCGUGUGGAAAAGCCUUCUCUGAUGGAUCAGUACUUACUAAGCAUAAGAGAACGCAUACGGGAGAGAAGCCUUAUGUUUGUCAGGAGUGUGGGAAGGCCUUUAGCACAUCCUCAAUUCUUACUGUACAUAGAAGAAUUCACACUGGAGAGAAACCUCAUAAAUGUGAGGCAUGUGGAAAGGCCUUCACUGAGGGAUCCGUCCUUACUAAUCAUAUGAAAACUCAUACGGGAGAAAAGCCUUAUGUAUGUCAAGAGUGUGGGAAGGCCUUUAGCAGAUCCUCAGUACUUACUAUUCAUAGGAGAAUUCACACCGGAGAGAAACCUCAUACAUGUAAGGCAUGUGGAAAGGCCUUCGCUCAUGUGUCAGGUCUUAAUGAGCAUAUGAAUACGCAUACUGGAGAGAAACCUUAUGUAUGUCUGGAAUGUGGGAAGGCCUUUGGAAGAUCCUCAAUACUUACCAUUCAUAGGAGAAUUCACACUGGAGAGAAACCGUAUAAAUGUAAAGAAUGUGGGACAGCCUUCAGUAGCACCUCCAGCCUGCAUCAGCAUAGGAGAUUUCAUACUGGAGAGAAACUUUUUGCAUGUGAGGAAUGUGGGAAAGCAUAUUCUCAUUCCUCAAACCUUUUUAGUCAUAGGAAAACUCAUACGGAGAGAAACUUUAUGUUUGUAAGUAACGUGGGAAGGCCUUCUCUGAAACUUGGUACCUAAAUAAGCACUUUGUAGAGGAUCAUACAACCUCAUCAAUGUCAGACAUGUGGGAAGGCCUUCACCGGGCACUCAGAUCUUAGAAUGCAUCUGAAAAUACACUCUAGAGAGCACUCUCAAGUAGUAAAGAAUGUGAUAAAAUUCACACUGGAUGACUCAAUCCCGAAAUAAUCCCCAAGGUCAGAACAGGCUGCCUUCAGUAAAAAAUAUUUUGCCUGGAAAAGAUUGUUGGGAGAUUGCAAAAGGACAGCCAAGAAAAAAAGAACUCUGGUAGCCUGUGUGAAGUUCCCGGUGACGUCAGUACUAUAAGGGAAAUGUAGUUGCUCAUUAUCACCUAUGCCUCAACUAUGCCAGUGUCCUGGCAUUUGGA